AUGCAGCGGCUGGUACACAUUGGAUACUAUGGAUGGCCGGAUCACUGUCCAGCCGAUUCGCCGGCCGUAUGUCGAGAAGUGCUUGGACUGGUGCACAAAUUUUACGCGAAGAAACCGAUAAUUGUUCACUGUAGUGCUGGCAUUGGCAGAACGGGGACGUUCGUUGCUGUAGAAAUGGCUAUGGAAAAGCUGCGCAAACAGGAAGUUUGCAGCAUUGCUGAUAUUGCGAAGAGACUGCGACAACAACGAAUGCACGCCAUUCAGAAUGACAUG